AUGACCGAGUUAGUUGAGACUUCAAAAUCCAUGACACCCUCAGAUACCAAUCAACCAGAGACGCUCGACAUUAUGGAGCUUACAUCUCGCUUGGGAGUGUCCAGAAAUGUAUCAAACCCUCUGCUUCUUUUAAUUUUCAUGGCAGGAGCAGCAUACAUAGCCCCGCUUGACAGGGCAUCAAUGUCACCAUGGCUUCUUGAUGUGGCUGAAGAGUAUAUCUUCCGAAAAGUGUCAAAUUUACCCGCGACACCCCCGCCCAAGGACUCUGCUGCUAUUCUCCCGACCGUGCAGUUGAUACAGACUGCUCUUAUCAUAGAAAUGCUGCAAUUUGGUCGAGAUGAUAUGCUGAAGAGGAGACGCAUUCGGAUUGCCCGUAACCGUGCCUCGUAUCUACCAUCAGGUCAUUGGUUAAAGCGGCGAACGCCCCCAAAGACAUGUGAUGAACAAACAUGGCGAAUACUAGUAGCAGAGGAAAUGUGUAUACGUUCAUUCAAUCGUACCUUCGCUGAAGAUUCGCAGAAUUGCAUGUUGGGUUUUUCUCGCAGACGGUUUUCUCACCGUCUGCUUCAAAAAUCACCCGUCCUUAUCGAUAUUUGGAAUGAACUGCGACUUCCUUGGAACGCUGAGCUUUGGGAAGCCGGGAGUGCAUCUGCGUUCAGCAGAAUUGUUAAGACAAAUCCGACUGAGAACCCACUUCCGCCCCUCAAAGAAGUUGUUACUCAACUACUUGACACGCCUACCAGCGAAAAUUCAAUACCAUGGAGUCUCUCACUUUCAUCUGAGCAUCUCUUGAUCUUUAUAUACGCUAUCAACUCCCUUCCAUUCCAAGCGAGGGUUGGCCUCCUCAAAUACCUUCCGCUCGACGCCAUCAGCCGGGCUGCUGGCAACUGGAAACGAAUCUGGGACACCUUGAUUGGUGCGGAGCAAGAGAAAAUCCUUCAUCUUGGGUAUCCGAACCAUGCCGAGGAAUUGCGGUGGCUGUUGAAAGCAACAUUAGAGGUUUCUGAUAACCAGAAACAGGAUUCGCGUAUCUCGAGAGUAAUGCUACUGACGAACUAG